AAAAUAAUCAUUAUAUGGAUUCGUAUGAAUCCUGGGGUAUUGUAGGUUUAACAUCUGAAAAUAAUGUCGUAUUGAAAAUUGAUGAAAAAGUAUCAACAGGAAAUGGACAAUCAGAAACGAUUAAUCGUCGACAAAAAACAGAAAUGCUCGAUCAUAUUGUAUUAGAAGUCAAUCGAAAGACAAAACAAAUAAUUAGUGAAAAAAAAGAAAAAGGCGUAUUUGGAAUGUGUGUAGGUCUAUAUGAUGAUAUUAUAUUGGGUGUGAAGAAUACGCCAAGUCAAGGUUCAAUACAAUUUUAUUCACGCUAG